UAAAAUUCUCCACCAUUGAAAAUGUAAUACAACAAGCUCGUUGUAUCUGCACACAAUUUAUAUGUAAGGAAUUCACUUUUAUAAGGUAAUUAUGAUUAAUUCACUUAUUGGAGUAAUACUGUUCUCAUGGCUUAUUGAAAAUAAUAUCACAAAUAUGUUUAGAUAUGGUUCGAGCUUCGGAGCGCAAUCUUUUAAAAAUCAAGUGACAAGAUUAUUUAUCAAAAUAUCCCACAGUCAAAUUAGCUUUGAAUAGAAACAAGACUUUAUUGCUAAUCUAAAACAUCAAACUAACUAGUUUUGUUAAGUCUUUGUCAGUCCUUGAAGUGUUACGUUGAGUUAAUGAAGUGUUAUGUUGUGCUAAGUUUUGAUGUUUAGAAUUAUAGUGUGUUCCAUUCCAGUGUUUGUUCCACUCCAGCAAUUACUACUGUUGAGCCUUUUAGUUUGUUCUGCUCCAGCGUUUGUUCAACUCCUAUGAUUAUAAUUAAAGGAUUUAAAGAUUCCACUCCUGCGUCUCCUAUCUUCCUCUACCACUCCUAGACAUCCAACGUUACAGAAGGACUGACCCACAACAAAGAAAUACGGAUUUACAUACUGGUUCCUCCCAACGUCCUCCUCUACUCCAGCGAUCCCUCUAAUCCUCUCCCACUCAUCCAGACCCAAACAAAUUAUGGAGUUUACCGGAUUAUUCAUGGACUUACUUAAACAAGACCUUCCUCUCCUGGAAUACACUGCCAAGUUCAGUCAACUUGCCACUUCCUCCAAUAUUUUGGACCCCUACCUCAGUUCCAUCUAUGGAAUGGGCUUGAACUUUCACCACCCAACAGCCCUUCUGCAAGUGGAGAAUCUUUCAUUUUUGGAAUAUGUCAGAGCCACACUGUCCCUACAUCUCCUUUCACUUCUAACUACCCUUAAGGAAGACCCUCACAAAGUCCCAGUGGUAGAUCCCUCACAGCCUUCCACGGCCCCUAUCUCCGCGCCUUCCACGGCCCCUAUCACCGCGCCUUCCACGGCCCCUAUCUCCACGCCUUCCACGGCCCCUAUCUCCAUGCCUUCCACGGCCUCUAUCUCCAUGCCUUCCAUGGCCUGUAACCAUGCUCCCUGCUGGCCAAAGAGGAGGAGAAGGAAAAGGACUCUUUCCCAAUCUCUGCCCAUGCUCACGACCACGGAGGUCGUUCCCCAGUCUCUGCCCAUGUCCAUGACCACGGAGGUCGUUCCCCAGUCACUGCCAGUACUCACGACCAUGGAGGUCAUUCCCCAGUCUCUGCCCAUGUCCACGACCACGGAGGUCAUUCCCCAGUCUUUGCCCAUGCUCACGACCAUGGAGGUCGUUCCCCAGUCUCUGCCCAUGUCCACGACCACGGAGGUCGUUCCCCAAUCUCUGCCAGUGCUCACGACCACAGAGGUCGUUCCCCAGUCUUUGCCCAUGUCCACAACCACGGAGGUCGUUCCCCAGUCUCUGUCAGUGAGCUUGACCAUGGAGGUCGUUGCCCAGUCUCUGCCCAUGCUCACGACCAUGGAGGUAGUUCCCCAGGCUCUACCCGAGCUCUCGACCGUGGAGGUUGUUCCCCAGUCUCUGCCAGUGCUCACCACCAUGGAGGUCGUUCCCCAGUCUCUGCCCAUGUCCACGGCCACGGAGGUCAUUCCCCAGUCUCUGCCAGUGCUCACGACCACGGAGGUCAUUCCCCAGUCUCUGCCCAUGUCCACGACCAUGGAGGUCAUUCCCCAAUCUCUGCUAAUGCACACGACCGUGGAGGUCAUUCCCCAGUCUCUGCCAGUGCUCAUGACCACGGAGGUCGUUCCCCAGUCUCUGCCAGUGCUCACGACCAUGGAGGUCGUUCCCCAGUCUUUGCCCGUGCUCACAACCAUGGAGGUCAUUCCCCAGUCUCUGCCAGUGCUCACGACCACGGAGGUCAUUCCCCAGUCUCUGCCCAUGUCCACGACCACAGAGGUCAUUCCCCAAUUUCUGCUAAUGCAUACGACCACGGAGGUCAUUCCCAAGUCUCUGCCAGUGCUCACGACCACGGAGGUCGUUCCCCAGUCUCUACCCAAGCUCUCGACCGUGGAGGUCAUUCCCCAGUCUCUGCCAGUGCUCACGACCGCGGAGGUCGUUCCCCAGUCUCUGCCCAUGUCCUCGACCAUGGAGGUCGUUCCCCAGUCUUUGCCCGUGCUCACAACCUCAGAGGUCGUUCCCCAGUCUCUGUCAGUGCUCACGACCACGGAGGUCAUUCCCCAGUCUCUGCCCAUGCUCACGACCACGGAGGUCAUUCUCCAGUCUCUACCCGAGCUCUCGACCGUGGAGGUCGAUCCCCAGUCUCGGCCUGUACUCUAUUCCACGGCUCUCAGCCCCGAGCCUUCCACGGCUCUGCCCUUCGAGCCUCCCAUGGCUCCGCCUUCCACAGCUCUGCCCUUCGAGCCUCCCAUGGCUCUGCCUUCCACGGCUCUGUCCCUCGAGCCUCCCACGGCUCUGCAUUCCCUGGAUCCAUCUCCCAUGACUCCGCCUUCUAUGGCUUUGCCCUCGAGCCUCUCACGGCUCGACCUUCCACGGCUCCGCCCCCAGAGUUUCCAUGGCUCCACCUUCCUUGGCUCUGCAUUUAACGGUUCCGCCCCAGAGUCUUCCACGGCUCUACCCUUCGUGGCUCCACCCCCAGUAUCUUCCACGGCUCCGCCUUUCAUGGCUCUGCCCCCAGAGUAUUCCACGGCUCCGCCUUUCACGGCUCCAUACCCAGAGUCUUACACAGCUCCGCCUUCAGACUCUUCCACGGCUCCGCCCUCAGACUCUUCCACGGCUUUGCCCUCAGAGUCUUCUGCAGCUUCGCCCGCUUCCCCAGAGUGUCCUCCUCCAGCGGUUCCACCUCCUGACCCAGUCCUUGCCCUGUGGCUGCCUCCCAGGCCUCCUUGCCCUGUGGCUGCCUCCCAGGCCUCCUGACCCAAUCUUAGCCCUGUGGCCACCUCCCAGGCCUCUGACCCAGUCCCUGCCCUGGCCGCCUCCCAGGCCUCCUGACCUGUGUCAUGUUUGCAGUGAUCGGAUCUUUAUGCCGUUCAGAUCAAUCCAUAAUCAUGUACAAUAAAUUGGCUUUCAAGGAUGUAUGUCAUCAUGAUUAACACAGGCUAACGAUUGGGGUAAAUUCUGUCAUGUGACACUACAUUUUUGCGUUAAUGCCAAUUUUCUCAACAAGAAGUGUUUCCAGACCAGUUUUUCGUGACAUUUGAAGUAUCGACAUAGAGUUUAUGCACUAGAGUUAAACAGAAAAAAUAUUAUGUCAACACUUGUGGAAUUUUAGCGAUAAUUUUCAUUUCCAUCAGCUUUAUUUUGAUGCGCUAAAACUUUUUCCGGUUUUUGAGUCGGAGCGCGCUCUGCUGGACAAACUACGCUAUGACACCAAUUCUAAAGCAUUGUUUUCUGCAUUAUAUGUUCUGAAAAAAGUUUUCAUAUUGGCGCAUACUGAUAUAUCGGUGAAAGGCUAAUAUCGGCCGACCAAUAUACUCUUAAGUCCUCGUGGUGGCGUAGUGACUUAGUGACAAACCUCAGUUGCCUCCAUGUCUGAGACCGUCAACCCGCACAUCUUAUCACAUGGCUUGUUGAGCACGUUACCGCGGAGACAUAGCACGUGUGGAGGCUUCGUACCAUCCACCACGGCAUCCACACACAACUCACCAUGUGCCCCACCAAGAGCCAACCACAUUAUAGCGACCACGAGGAGGUUACCCCACGUGACUCUACCCUCCCUAACAACCGGGCCAAUUUAGUUGCUUAGGAGACCUGGCUGGAGUCACUCAGCAUGCCCUGGGAUUCAAACUCUCGAUCUCCAGGGGUGGUAGUCAGCAUCUUUACUCACUGCUACAACCCAGGCACCCGGGUUUGUCGACAUUAAAUCGUCAUGGCAAAGAAGUUGUAAAAUUGGCUAUAACUUUACACAGAAAAGGUUUGUAAAUGAUUUUAUCACACUAAAAUCAUGUUUACAUGCAUAUCCUUUAUGUCUUAUGGCUAUACUUUUGAAACAAUUAAUAUUUUAAUGUUAUAAAUUGGCCACAUUCACUUCCAUUUUAAGUGCCUCACUGUAACCCAGAUUUUUGCUUUUUUUAAAGAAAAGGAGGGAGGAGUCAAAAUUUAUUUUUGUGGUAAUCAACAUUAUGCCACAAAUGUUGUUGAUUGAGCUUAACUUGUAUUGAACCUGGAAUAUUCCUUUAAGUGCUUGUACAAUGUAAAAAGUGCAGUUUAGCUGUCUGAAUAUGACAUUUGUCUGAUUUACCUCCGUGCUCAUGGGGAAAAUGAACAUUCGGAAAACACCCCGCAUACAGUUUAAUGUCUUGCUUGAAUACAUGGAUCGGCUUCUUUCAGCUCGUUAUUGAAAAAGCAUUUUGAAAAAGCAUUUGCGCUGACUGACAGGACGAUAUAGAGUGCGAGCGCAUGACGUCAUUGCCAUGGUAACCAGACACAUUUCAGCUGAUUUGCUGAAAACUAGAAUGAAUGUAUCGUCAAAUCAACAUGUGACGAAACAAAAUUGAUUUUCUUCUCUGCAAACAAUACCAGAGACAAUAGCAAGAAGGACAAUGAGAUUUUAUUUAAGAAGAAAAAAAUCAGUGACUCUACCAAAAACCGGGACUGUCCUGUGUAAUAAACCGGGACGUCUGGUCACCCAAUCUAUAAUUGAAAAAGAGCAGCUCAUCAAUGCUUUUAAAUUAGAAAAACAAUAAAUAGGUGCUGUUUA